GUAUUCGAUCCAAAUAUUGAAAGGUUUAGUGAAUUGCCUUUAUCAACAUUGACACUUGAAGGUCUUCAGAAGUCAAAUUACAUCGAAAUGACAGAAAUCCAAAGUAAGGCAUUGCCUUUGGCCUUGAGUGGCAGAGACGUUUUAGGAGCCGCUAAAACCGGUAGUGGAAAGACGUUAGCUUUCUUAAUUCCAUUGAUCGAAACCCUGUACAGAAAAGAGUGGACUCAAAUGGACGGAUUGGGUGCUCUUGUUAUCGCACCGACACGCGAAUUAGCUGUUCAGAUAUUUGAAGUUCUUCGAAAGAUAGGACGACGACAUUCUUUAUCGGCUGGGCUUGUUAUUGGUGGAAAAGAUUUACAUGUGGAGCAAGAACGCAUUAACCGAAUGAACAUCCUUAUAUGUACGCCCGGGCGCUUGUUACAGCAUAUGGAUCAAACAGCAAGUUUCAAUUGUGAUAAUCUGCAGGUUUUAGUUUUGGAUGAAGCAGAUAGAAUUCUUGAUAUGGGUUUUGAGAAAACAGUUAAUGCAAUAAUAGCCAAUCUUCCAAAGGAACGUCAGACUCUCUUAUUUUCCGCCACACAAACGAAAUCCGUUAGAGAUCUAGCAAGACUUAGUCUGCAAGACCCUGAAUAUGUCGCCGUGCACGAAGAAUCCGAGCAUAGUACACCAUCUAGUUUAUCACAGCAUUAUUUGGUAUGCGAACUACCGGAAAAAUUAGACAUAUUGUUCUCAUUCAUAAAAUCACAUCUGAAAGUCAAAGGCCUGGUGUUCUUGUCAAGUUGCAACCAGUUUUCUGCUAUUAGACACGCGUACUUGUUCGCUACAGACAUAGCAGCUAGAGGACUUGAUUUUCCAGCAGUGGAUUGGGUAAUACAAGUUGAUGCUCCGGAAGAUUCGGAUACGUAUAUCCAUCGUGUGGGACGUACAGCUAGAUAUGAAGCUUCUGGACACGCGUUGCUUAAGACAAUGAACAUACAGCAACAGUUACAGUCACUAUGUUUUAAGGAUCCCGAAAUCAAAUAUCUUGGCCAAAAGGCUUUUAUAUCAUACAUGAGAUCUGUUUACCUUCAAAGUAACAAAUCCAUAUUCAAAGUUGACGAAUUACCAGUAGAUGAGUUUUCGGCUUCUCUUGGAUUACCCGGAACACCGAAAGUUAAAUUUGUAAAGAAAUCACAAGCGAAAAAUGCAGCAUACAAAGGACAUUUACAAAAUGAGGUUGGAUUUUCGUUAGAUUUUAAGGACGGCUUAGGAGAUGAAGAAUCGAAAGAUUCUAAAUCUAAAACUAGAUUAGAAAAGAUUUUUUGUCGUAAAAAUAUGUCCGUGCUCGCAGAUCAUUAUAAAAAGCUUGUGGAUCACGGUGAUAAUGCUUUCAAUGAUGAAGAUGAUGAACUUAUAACUCUUAAACGUGUUGACCAUGAUUUACCUGAAGAAUUAGAACAUGAGAAUCAUGAGGAUUUGUCGAAGCGGAAACUGUUGAAAGCCAAGUCAAAAAAACAUGCCAUAAAGGAUGCACCCAGAGGUAGUAAACUUAUAUUUGAUGAAGAGGGAAAUCCUCAUCAGAUAUAUGAAUUCCAAGAUGAAAAAACAUUCCAUGCAGCGGGAAAUGCAUUGGAUCAAAAGAAAACAUUCUUAGACAAAGAAUUAAGGAUAAUGAAGGAGGAAGACGUCAUAGAUAAAGCAACUGCUAAAGAAAAACUUCGCGAAAAGAGAUUAAAAAUGAAGGCCAGAUUAAAAUCCGAAUUAGAAGACACAGGUCCAACGGCUAGAUUAGCUUCACCUAUCAGUGGAGACGACGAAUUGAACCAAAGUGAUGCUGAAGAAUCGGAGGGAUAUAAUAAUUUUGAUGAUGAUAAUUCUGAACUUGAAUUGAAUAGCAAAAGACGCGCAUCGCCUUUGAUAUUCGAACAAAAUGAAUCUGAUGAGGAUAACGUGUCUGUAAGGAAAAAACGUAAAGUAUUGGAAGUCGAUGAACCUCUGACAUUGGAAGAUCAGGAAGAAUUAGCGCUUCAAUUAUUAAAUAAGUGA